GCUGAGACAGAUCAGACCCAAGGCAGAGACCCGUUACGCGCUUCGCUUUCUCGCACUUGAACUUUGCGCGGGCUUUCAACCGCGCUCUAUCCGCCCCGCCUCGCCCCCGCCCCGUCCCGCUCCGCGGCUCGUGUACAAUGUCAUUUUUUCGCAACAUCCGCUCCUCGCUGGCCUCGUCCCGCAAGAGUUCGUCGCGCGAUACGACGCCCGUGCGCAGCUGCAGCUCUCGGCCGGCGAGCGUGAUCAGCUCACGGCGUGGCUCGACGACGAGCUCCACACUGCAGCGCGGGGACACCUUCAUACUGAAUGGCUCCGACGAGGAGCAGCAGCAGCAGCAGCAGCAGCAGCGCGGCAAUGAAUCGAACAGCAGCACUCUGGAGAAGAAGUCAAAGAAAUCGAAGGUGUUUAGCAAAUUCAGCACAUUCACGAAACGCAAGAAGCAGCCCUCGCCCGAGGAGGUGGCCAGCUACGAGCACCAUCCCAGCGACACCGCCACGAAUACCUACUACAAGUGGCGCAACGACGGCGAUCGCAUGCUCGACUACGAUGCCCAUGCGGAUCCGUUCAAUUUCCUGUACGAGCAGCAGGGCAAGGGCAGGCAGUCCGCUGGCUCGCCGGCCGACGGGAUGCAGCGGCAGCCGAGUCUGGGCUCCAGCUCCAGUGGGAGCUUCGAUUCGAGCACGUAUCGCAAGAGCAAAACGCCGACGCAUCUGCGCGAGCAGCUGGAGCAGCUGAAGACCCACUCGAAUGACGAUCUGCUGGAGGAGGAGGAGCGCGACAAAUACAAAACGGUCACACUGAACAGCUUUCGCAAAUCAUUUCGCGACCGGCUGCUGCAGCAGCAGCAACAGCAGCCCCACAAUCCCGCCUGGUUCGUCGAGGUGCCGCCGCCCGAGGCGAGGCCCGAGUCGAGCAGUCAGCGCAGCGCCUCCAAGGAGAAUCGUCCCGACUUUCUGGUCUUCGACAACGAUAACUAUCGGCCGCAAUCGCGCUCUCCGCUGCGCGAUCGACCCUCGCGCUCCGCCACCCGCUCGCCCGUCAAGCGCAACGAGACGUUCCGUGUGGCCCAGCCCAUGCUGCGUCGCAUGUCGCCCUCGCCCACGCCCAAGCCCACGCCGCCUGCCUCCGCCAUACGCAUCGAAAUCAAGAACUCCAUAUUGCCCCACUCGCCGGGCCGACUGGUGCCGGUGGGCGUGGCCAAGCCGAUGCCCACCACGGAGUACUACGCACAGCGCCUGCUGGCGAGCAGCCAGGCCAGGCAGCAGCAGCAGCGGCAGCAACAGUCGCACUCAACGUCGCAGCAGCAGCAGCCGCAGCGCGGCGGGCGUUAUCAAACCCUGGUGCACAUCGGCAGCGAGCAGGGCAAACUGUCGCCGGCGCUCGCCCGAGGCCGCGCACCCACCCGCGUACAGCUCUACGGCAGCAAGCCGAGCAGCAACCGGCAGCAGCCGACGCCCACCUACUUCGGCGGCCACUACAAUGCACCUGCGCCCGUCUCGGCGCGACCCCUGUCCAGCUCGCGGCAGAGUUCUGGGGGCGUCGCGACCAGCAAUUGGGGGCGUCGCGAGCAGCAGCAGCAGCAGCAGCCCAAGCAGCAGCUGCAGCCGCAGCCAAUGCCACGAGUCGCCCACGCAAGGCAGCGCAAUCGCUCACCAAUCAAGAUUCCAUGGCGCUAGAUCGACCACUCGACUGAACAGCUACGGCUAGAGCUGGGCGCGUGACACGAAACACGAAACGAGACAAAAACAACAAAUAUAUGUAUAUAAAUCUAC